UAUUAACCGUGUUGCUAUUGCAGGUAGAGAUGACAUUGUAACUAUGUUGUUGUUAAUAACAUUUUGGCACGCGUCCCAUGUGUGCCGUCAUUCCUUUGCGCCGGAAAGGUACAAACAUCAAAAGGAGGCGUUGUCCUCCACACAAUUUUAUGCAAAAUAUCAACAACCUAAUUGAAUGUACUGUAAUAUCGUCGUGCAAAGGGAAUUGUUGCACACUGCGACGCACUGAAGUCGAGAGAGAAACAAAGGUGGCAAUACACCGACGUCCACGUGAUGGAGACAGAUGGGGACCAAAACCAGGGCUCUACCAAUGGAACCACUCCAUCAGGGGUGAGCUCCCGCCCCUCUCAAAUGAACUCCAUGUCCCUGUACGAGAGACAGGCUGUGCAGGCCCUUCAGGCACUGCAGAGGCAGCCCAACGCGGCGCAGUACUUCCAGCAGCUGAUGCUGCAGCAACAGAUCAACAAUGCCCAGCUACAAAACCUGGCUGCAGUACAACAGGCCACCCUUGCUGCCAGUCGUCAGUCCAGCCCUCCCGCCAACAGCACCUCUCAGACCACAAGCACAACAGUCACAUCUAUGAAUGUAACCACUUCUGGGGGAGGGGCCGUAACCAGCACCCGCGCUAUAGGCCCAGGCUCCUCCGCGACAUCCACUAUAAGCCAAUCAGUGCUGCUGGGCGGAAACGCGGCAGGACAGGGACAGAUGUAUCUGAGAGUGAACCGGUCUCUGAGGUCUCCCCUCUCCUCCCAGCUCAUCUUUAUGCCUGGCAGCACAGCAACCACUGCCAUGGCAACAGUCACCCAGCAGCCACAGACUCAGCAGCAGCAACAACGGGAAGAUACACCUACUUCCUCCAGCAACCAAUCAGACAAUGACCAGGUACAGAACCUGGCUCUGCGAUGUGUCGGCAGUCCCAAGGGGGUCGGGGUCAAGACUGAAACCCCAGAGAGGGGUGAAACAGCGACCUACUCCCUUAUCCAGUCAUCUCACCAGCAGUUCAACCAGUCCACUCCACAGUCUACCACUAAACCAACCCAACUGCAACAGUCCCACAUCAAGAUCCCCACCUACAUCCAGAGCUCCAACACCAACCUGUCCUCUCUCAACCUCAAGACGGGCAACCACCACUCCAACGCCUCCUCCUCACCCUCCACCUCACAGCUCCUCCUCUCCGGACCCAACUUUGGCCGGGGCGGGGCUAUCACCACGGUAACCUCCGCCGCCACGGCGACGCACAUUCUGGUGCCCACCUCCAAUGCGCCCACCCAGUCCCACAGUUACCAGGUGGCUGCUGCCACCAUCAAGCCCAAUGUUAGUGCUCAAACGCUGGUGGUUCAGCCUCUGCAGAAAAGCACUGUUAACGACAAAGGAGGCCACGGGAACGGUCCCGUUCCAAUCCAGCCGAAAACUCAACAGGGUCUCCGUGUGCCCCUGCAACUGCCAUCCCGCAACCCGCCUCCCAUCCUCCCUGCACCCCCCGCCAACAAUCAGACUAGUGCCGCCCAGCCCCCGCCGCACAUCCCAGUCCAGAUAGUAGGAGCCAGGCAGAGCUCCAUAGGAAGCCCCCAGGCUUUGGCCUUGGUCCAGGCCCGGAACACCUGCUCCCAGGAUGGAGCUACUCUUCUGAGUAGUUCCAGCAGAGCCAGCAUUCUCACCAUGGUGGCUUCCAUCACUUCCAGAGAGGGAGGGGUGAUAAACCGACGGACGGAUUUAAAGAGCCUUCAAUCAGCCCAGGAAGCCCUCCCAUUGGCCCACAUCUCUCACGUGCACGCGCAAGCCAAUCAGAAUCAGAGCCCUGGGCUGAAGCCAAAUCCAAAUUGCACCUUGGCCAGCAGCAUCUCCUCUCAGUCCCAGACAGCCAUCUCUCCUCCCACCCUCUCCCAUUCCUCCCACACUUUACCCCUGCCUUUGGUUGAGGCGAGCAGCACCGUAGUGGCUGCCAAUGGAGAGUCUAUGUGUUCUCAGCCUCCCCAGGGUAAGUCGAUGAAGAGGAAAUCCGAGUCAGUCGCAGCCAAUGACGAAGAUGGUCCCCCUCCUCCCCACCUUCUUCCAAUGAGUGAACACUCCCCUGCCCUCUCCUCCUCCGCCAUGGAAGCAGGCCCUGGUCCACUUUCUCCCUCCCCCUCUCCCUCUCUUUCCCCUGCUCUCUCGAUGUCCCGUAUGGGGGGUGGCCAGGGGGAGAGAGCCCCCCCUCAACAGGCUGUGGUCAAACCCCACGUCCUCACCCACCUCAUAGAGGGCUUCGUCAUCCAGGAGGGAGCUGAACCUUUCCCUGUGAGUGGGCCAGUGAAGGAGCCAGCUGGCGAAGAUUUGGCCAUGGACAAUCUAGACACUAGUCAGCCUGAGACUGUGAAUACACCUACAGGUUCGGCUCAGACCACAGUCCCAGUGCUGAAGUGUGAGUACUGCAAAAGCUUCGCCCCGGCCAGACAGUUUAGAGGGACCAAGCGCUUCUGCUCCUUGACCUGUUCCAAGAGGUAUAAUGUGAGCUGCAGCCAGCACUUCCGCCUGCGACAGGGGGGUCACCUCUCCCACUCUGACGAGGACGGGGUCCUGAGGAGGAGGGUUCCCCACAGGACCAGCUCCGAAAUCGCCAGUGCCAAAAUAGCCGGGAGACCCUUACCAGUCAAGUGCCGCUCCGAGUCCAGCCGAUCGGAGGACGUCUCCAGCUGCGGGGAGGAAGAGGACGACCCCAUGUCCCUCUCCCCGGCCUCCUCUUCUUCCUGCCACCAGCCUCCGCCCACACUCCGAUUGGAGGGCUCGGAGGUGCCCCACUUCCUGCCCGUCAGCCCCGCCCAGUGGAGUGUGGAGGAAGUGUCUCAGUUCAUAUCAUCACUGCAAGGCUGUGAGGAGCUGGCGGACCAUUUCCUGUCACAGGAGAUUGACGGACAGGCCCUGCUGCUACUCCGAGAGGAGCAUCUCAUGUCCACCAUGAACAUCAAGCUCGGGCCCGCCCUCAAGAUCUGUGCCCACAUCAACAACCUGAGAGACUGAGAGGAAGAAUGAACGGAGGAAAGGAGAGGUACUCCCAAGAGAAAAAGAAGAGAUGGAGAGAGAAAGGUGACAAUAUGGCUGUUGAAAUGCAUUUGAACCGUAUUAAGUGGGGUCCCUGUUGAUUUUACUAUGUUUUGUCACAAACAGAAUGAAAAGCGGAAAAAUGAGCCUUCUAUCCACAAAACGUGGACCUUAAAUGUGGAGUAUUAUGUUAUAUUAUGUGAGUGAGUGAGAAAACCCUUUAUAUGUGUGUAAUAUUUGCCUAUAUAUUUAAAUAUACCUUUGUUGGCUGGACUGCCUUUGUUUACGCUGUAGAAAAUCAUUGUGGAAAUUGUGGCCUUUAAGUAGUUUCGACGAUCGAAAAAUAGUACUAGAACGGAGUCGUCCGUAAAAAAAAAAACGUGUUUCAUAUCAUUCCUUAUUUUUACGAGUCGUUAGGAAUGGUAAGGUCAUGUAAAGCAAUGGACCAUUGCCUUUGCCAACCAUUACUGGGGAGUAGCAAAUAUAUUGGCCUAAGAAAACUUGAUAAAUAGAGGGAGACAUUUUCUGUCCGCUGAAAUGAGCAAGUAACUCACAAUUGGUGCACAGAAUUUAUAUUAAAAACACAUCCUUUUUAAAAUGUUUGUGAAGUGGCAGCAAUAAUCUAUGUGGAUCUAAAGUACAGGGAUACCUGAUCCAAGUGAUACCAUCCCAUAGGCUACUGCAGUUUUCCAAACAUGUUUCAGAUUAUAUGCCCUCAUGCCUAUUUGAAAUGUUUGUUUUUUAACCUCAACGGGAUCGGUGUCCCUUAACCAGGACGGUUGUUGCUCAAUAUGCGAUAAUGUGACUAGAAAACAUUGUAUACAAUAGCCAACUUUCCGGGACAUAGACAUGUCUUAUAUGGGCAGAAAGCUUCAAUUCUUGUUAAUCUAACUGCAGUGUCCAAUUUACAGUAGCUAUUAAAGGAACAAAAUACCAUGCUAUUUUUUGAGGAUAGUGCACAACAACAAAACACUUUUAUCACAGCAACUGGUUUGAUACAUUCACCUCUGAAGGUAAAUAAUGUACUUACAUUCAGUAAUCUUGCUCUGAUUUGUCAUCCUGAGGGUCCCAGAGAUAACAUGUAGUUUUGUUUGAAGAAAUCAAUUUUUAUAUUCAAAUGUAGGAACUGGUUUCUACAGUUUGACCCCACUGCUGUCUCUAGCACCACACCCACCCCGCCCGGCCAUCUAGAUGUGUGAAGCUUAGGGUCUUGAUCCGUGAUCCAUCAUGUAUGACAUUCCUGGGAGUGUGUAAACUAAAUGUUUUAUUACCAUAGCAUUUUUGUAUGUCCUCUAUAGUUAUGUACUUGAAAAUGUAUAAAUUGACCAAUUCGGCACAUUGGGAAAACUCCUGGCAGACUUGAUGCAAAAUAUUGUGUAGCGAGGUAAUUCUUCACCGAACACGUCUGAAACUUUGCAUACACACUGUUGCUAUCUUGUGGACAAAAUCUAAAUUACACCUAGGAUCUUAUCUUAAUGUAUGGCCUUUCUCUUGCAUUUCAAAGAUGAAGGAACCAAACAAAAAAAUGAAAACGCAUGUUUUUAGAUUUGUAUUAUCUUUUACCAGAUCUAAUGUGUUAUAUUCUCCUACAUUAAUUACACAUUUCCACAAACUUCAGUGUUUCCUUUCAAAUGGUAUCAAGAAUAUGCAUAUCCUUGCUUCAGGUCCUGAGCUACAGGCAGUUAGAUUUGGGUAUGUCAUUUUAGGCGAAAAUGUAAAAGAAAGUUCAGAUCCUUAAUCUUAAGUAAGGUCUUUGCAGAUUUACACACAGGAAGAGCUAUUUACAGUAGUGGACAGAAAAAAGUCACCAAGGUCGUGCUCAUUAGGCAUCAAACGGAAGAAAACUGACUGAAACAGAGAGGGACUACCUGGAUUUAUCCAAUAAGAAUCAGUCAUUUUCAUGCUGCGUGCCCUAAUGAACAUGACCCUGGGUUGUGGUCUUCCUCAUAGCUUUCCUCAUAACUUGCACCUAUCCAAGGCUCUUGUUACAGUAGCAAUGACUGUGGCUAUUAUGAAUCAUCUUAUGAUUAGGUGCUCUGUUAAUUGUGUGUUUACAUUUUAAGCUUGGAGAAGGCUAGGCCAAUAUCACGCAACACAAAAAUAAAACGACUACUAGGACAACA